AUUUCUAAUCUGAAUCGAAAAUCUUGAUUAUGGAGUUGAGCUGUCCGCAAACGAAAGUGCAAAACAAAUGAUUGGAUGAUCGGUGAUACUUUAGUUUAAACCCUCAGCUGGACUGCCUUUCUUCCUGUCUCUAUGUAAAAUGAUCUGUCUUAGCUCAUUAGCUCUGCCCUCUGCCACAUUACAGACACCCAUGUCCACCUCUCCCACCGUAUUUGAUUAGUCUCUCUCUCUCUCUCUCUCUCUCUCCCUGUUUCAUCAUCUCUACCUCCUUAAUUCCUAAAAUUUUGUUCAACACAACAUAUUAGAAUGUUCAAAGAAGAGCCCACCACAAAUUCUUCGAUUUCCUCCGCCCCUUCAUCUUCCCCAACCCACCCUCUCCUCUCCAAACUCUACCAGUCUCCAAUCCCCACCCACCCUUCUUCACCUCAACCUGACCCAGAGCCCGACCCGACCCAUAUCACCUACAAUUACUCUCCUAGACCCAUAAAGGACCUACCUUUCCUCAUCCUCUUCACUCUCUUUGUACUCUCCACUUUUGCUUUAGGCAUCUUUGCCAUAAUUAAGCAUAAUCCCAACUCAUCUUAUGCCUCUUUCUAUAUAUAUGAUGAAGACACUUCUUCUUGCUACAAACCCACUCAAAUUAAUCACUCAGUUACCUUUUUAUCCAACUUUUUCUUGGAAAAAUCUCAUCUUUUGGAAAUCUUGAUUUGGACCCUUGUGAUCACUCUAGUUUUAAGUGUACCCUUUGGUUUUUCUCUACUUAUUUUGCUUAAACAUUAUACUAAAUAUAUUGUUUAUGGUUCACUUCCUUUUUUUGUUAUAGUGCCCAUUUUUCUUAAUGUGUAUUGGUUUGUUGCUUGUACUAUUAGUUCAUCUUGUAGUCAAUCGUUCGAUUUAGUUUAUCAAAUUCUGGUUUUGGUGUUCGUAUUCUUGGUAAUUGGGGUUGUUUUGUGGAUUUUUGUGGCAAAUUGGCAUAGAGUUGAGUUGACUGUGAAGAUAAUUAGGGUUGCCGCAAAUGCGUUAUCCAAGAAUAUGGGUUUGUUUGGGGUUCUUCCAGCUUUGACUUUUGGGUUUGUUGUGUAUCUUGUGCCAGUUGUGGUGUUUUUGGUGUUUGCUAAGUCCAAUGGGAAAAUUGUGCCACGAGGCAAGCAUGAAGAGUUCUAUUGUGCUUGGAAGCAAGAUGGAUGGGUACCGGCAUAUUAUGUGUUGGCUAUUUUUACAAUGUUAUGGUCUGCAGCUGCGAUGGUGGAAGCACAGGUGUAUGUGAUCAGUGGGACUAUUGCUCAGUGGUACUUCUCGAAGAAUGAUGCGAAUUUGAAAAGAAGUUUAAGGAGUUCUCUAAGGAAUGCAUUUGGCCCAUCCUUCGGCACAGUAUGCUUUUCGGGAUUAUUAAGUUUUUUUGUUCGUUUAGUUCGCUCUGCAGUGGACAAUGCAAAACAGGAUCUUCCUGGGAUUGUGAACGUUAUUCUUCGAUGUUGUGUCAACACUUUUAUGGUGGCAUUCGAUUUUCUAAACGAGUUCACUAUAAAUUUGGCCGCAAUAACUGGUGAAGCUUACUGCACUUCUGCAAGGAUGACAUAUGAGCUUCUAUGCCGUAAUCUUUUGUCAGCUGUCUUUGUGGAAACUGUAUCCACUCGUGUGUUGAGUGGUAUUAGUUUUGUCUUCGCAGCAAUAUAUGGGAUUCUGGUAUGUGCAAUACUAAAAGGGGCAAUUGGAAUUGGGAAUGACUCUUACUUCGUUGCUGCUAUGGCAUGGCUCCUAUUAUUGUUGGUACUCGGCUUCGUUGUUCAAGUCCUGGAUAAUGUAAUCGAAACAGUAUAUGUGUGCUAUGCAAUAGACAGGGACACGGGAAACGUUUGCAAGCAGGAAGUUCAUGACGUGUAUGUUCACCUCCCUAUCAGUAGAAACCAUAUAUCUCAUAGUGCCAGAACUUCACUUGCAUAAUGUAUAACCCUUUAUUUUGGAUUUCCAUGUAAUAUACCAUGUAGUUCAUGUCAAUCUGCACAUAUAACCUUUUAGCCUACCCAUCGCCAUAGCGAUUAACUCCUUCCUGUACAAGUGAUUUUUAAUUAAUAAAGAGUUUGGACAUAUAGUGUAAA